UCGCGAUGCACCAGAGUAUACAGCAUGAGAGCUUUCUUUGAGUGGUUGUGUGAAUAUGCUCUCAAGUAGUAUAAAUAGAGCACCUUGAGACCUGCUCUUCGAAACCUCUUGAGAACCCUUUCUUUUGCUGCUCAAGACAAUAAAACCAGAGUCAUGCACCAAACUAUUGCGCUUAUAGCAUCAUCAUUAGCACUUGUAUAUGGAGCCAAUGUAGCACUGUACGAUGGGGCCUUAAGUAUACCAAUCUAUGACGAAAUCAACUUCAUAAGCGUUGAUGUUGAUAUCGGCAGCCCUUCUCAGGGUGUGAGACUGCUAUUGGACACCGGCUCAGACAUUUCAUGGGUUGUAAGUCCAGAAAACCCAUACUGUGAACCAGCAGUCGGGGACUCGCCAAAUGACCCAAAGAUUGAUCCUCAGGAGUGGAUAAACUGUCAUAAGAAUGGCUUAUUUGAGUGCAAGGACAGUGCCACUUGUGAACAGACCAAGGAGGAAUUCACAAUCAAAUAUGGGGAUGCAACAUCAGUACAUGGCGUAUAUUCAAGCGACGUGUUCACCGUGGGUGACGGUGGAGUCCCCAUUGAAUACGACUUUGGCCUAUCAAAGACAACAAACUCGUCGUUUGGUGUGUUUGCCCUUGGUAUUCCGAGCCCAGAGCUGAAGAAGGGCAUUCCAACUUACCGGCACCAAAACUAUGCCAUGAGAUUGAAAGAAGAAGCCAUCAUUGAAAGAGCGGUGUUCAACGUAUGGCUAAACGAUGGAGAUGACAGCUCUGGUGAGCUGUUAUUCGGCGCCAUCGACACGGCCAAAUUCGUCCCGCCCUUGCUCUCGAUGAAGUUCGUCACUGAAGAUGGAGCCAACAAGCCAUUACGACGGUUUGACGUUGUGCUUUCGGGCAUUUCAGUGAGAAGGUGCAUCAACACUGACCCAGAGGAGUUAUUCAACAUGGCUGAAGACUACGAGGGCCGACUGAUCACAGCUCUGCCAGAUACCGGCUCACGGAUGACGUACCUGCCACAGCCGUUGUACGAGGCCAUCCUGUCGCUGUUUGACGAGAGCAUCCAGCUCUCAGAGAACAGAUACGCCGUGGAGUGUCCUACCAACGGUACAAUCUCCUUCAAGUUUGGAACAUCCAGUGUAAACGUCCCCUUGUCUCACUUCAUCACGGACAAGAACUGGGCUCUUCCACGGCUAUCAAUGCACCCACAGUACGAUCCGAGAAGGAAGUACUGUAUGUUUGGGUUCAUGCCCAGAGCUGGUGAUAAGGUUGUGCUUGGCCAUGCCUUCUUCAGGUCCGUAUACACCGUCUUCGACCUGGAUAUGAUGCAGUUGUUGGUGGCGCCGGCUGUUUACACUGCCAACUCCAACAUCGAACUCAUCACACUGGCCAACAACUUCGUCAGCGUGCCAGACGGCGUGCUGGAGGACGGCAACCUCGCGUCGCCAGAGAUGCUUGACCCGAGUGUUGAUUUCAUCCCAGAUACGAGCUCCAGCUUCUACAAGCUUCCCUACGCCAACGGCGGCACACCAUCACAACAUCUUACAGGCGGUGCGCUUGGGCAGAUUGCUCAACUGCUGCUGGUCGUGCUAUGGCUGUCCAGAUGAAGGCCGCCACGCCCGCUCUGUCCCCGUGUGCGAAGACGUAGUGAUGACGGCCUGGUGAUGUCCUUCCCACUGCGCAACCGGCUUUAGCCCCCCGUCCACCGUCGAG